GCGAAUUUCUCCUUACAAUUCGCUUUUUCCGAUCUCCGUCGAAUUCAAUCAUAGGGUUUAUUUCUCUCUACUCUUUCAAUCCACCUCAAAUUUUACGAUUUGAAGCCCGAUUUCUAGUAUCAGAGCUUCCAAUCUCAAGAUAAGCAUCUCACUUUUUUCACGGACAAAUAUUCAAAACUGAAGGGCAUUGAUUCGACGCUUGGCGUGAUAAAUGGAAGUUGAUUUCAAUGGGGAUGUGGCGAGUCUCGACGCCGAAUUGUUGCAGCUUCCAGAGGUAUCUCCUUUGGCUAUAAAGACAAAUCCUUAUGUAGCCGAGAAGCUUUUUGAGCAAUGGCUUUCGCUUCCCGNUCAAUGGGGAUGUGGCGAGUCUCGACGCCGAAUUGUUGCAGCUUCCAGAGGUAUCUUCUUUGGCUAUAAAGACAAAUCCUUAUGUAGCCGAGAAGCUUUUUGA